CAGCCCCGCAUUUUAGUCAGCAGUUCGCCGCGCACGUUUUAUAUUUGGAUGUGUCGCGUUUUAUUUACGUUUUGAAAAUACGAUCAUGAAACACACAAAUAAAGCGAAACAAGGAGCUCCAGCGUUGGACACACUCGCCAAACGUUCAAAUGUGCCCGUCGAGCUGCAGCAAAAGGCAAAUGCCUUUUUGAAUGCCACCCAAGUCGAUACCAAAGUACUGGGUGGCAUUGUUAAACUUUUUGCUGAGGAGGGGUACGCACAUCAAGUGGGUCUCAUGCACACUAUUGAGGUGAUCUUUAAGAACCUACUGAAGCGUCAAAGUGUUUAUCCCGCCGACGAAGAGCUGACCAAACCCGGCAAAAAGUCCAAGGCGAAAGCGAAAGCAAAGCUCAAGAAAACAUUGGACACGGAUCCCAAUGCCAAAUGCUUUGCACUCUACAAUAAAACGUGGAGCUGGCUGCUGCAGCGCUUGGCGGGCACCAACAAAGAAGAUGCCAACGUUGCACUCAAAGUUGCCAUGCAACUCAUUGUGACCGAGGCAAAGCACAUCAAGCACAACAAUGGGAAUUGGCCAAAGAAACAUUUGAGCAGCAUUCUGGGUGCCUUAAUUGAAUCGGAGACGUCGCCAGCCUUGGCAUUGCCUGCAUUUGAGAAAUAUGCACGCUGCCUGGACGUGCUGCAGUUGAGCUACGAGCUGUUGCCACAAUUGACGCCGGCUAGUUUUGUGGAGACGCCACAACAGGCUUUGAACUAUUUGGGCAUCGUCAAUACAUUGGACUUGGGCAAAACUGUGCUGGCCGAGCAACAGUAUCACAUGGCAGGCAGCUUUGAUUUGGCUGACACGCAAAAGCUGUUGAAUAUCGUAUGGCAAGGCAUCAUUGAUCGUUGCAGCGGCGUUGAUGAGCAGGUGCAUCGUCAGGUGCUGGUUGUGCUCUUAGAGCGCAUUCUACCGCAUUUGGAGAAUCCCAUAUUGCUUACCGAUUUCCUCAUGGACUCGCUGCAUCAGUUCGAUGGUCCCAUUGCUUUGCUGGCGUUGCAGGGCAUCUUUUCGCUGAUGCAAAAGCAGAACAUCACGUAUCCGGAUGUGUAUAAAAAGCUGUACAAUAUGUUCUAUCCCCGCAUGUUCUACAACAAAUAUAAGGCGCGUCUCUUUUAUUUGGCGGACAUCUUUUUGACUUCGACGCAUUUGCCCGAAAAUCUCGUGGCUGCUUUUGCCAAACGCAUGUCACGUCUAGCUUUGCGUAGUCCAACGGAGGAUGCCAUCAUUCUCAUACGUUUCGUCUGCAAUCUAUUGUUGCGUCACACGGGUCUCAAGCGUCUGAUCUGCGCCACAGCUGCCGCAAGUGCUGUGGAGAUUGCAGAUCCCUUUGAUGACACUGAGCUGGAUCCGGUAAAGACCGGUGCGAUUAACAGCUCGUUGUGGGAAAUGGUUUUGUUGCAGAAACACGCAGUGCCCGAGGUUGCAAAUGCGGCCCGUUUCGUCUCCAAAAGCCUGCCCCUCAUGGAAUUUGAUUUGGGACAACUGCUUGAAAUGAAGGAAUCUGAUAUUUUUGAUGAUGAAGUGAAGAAAGUAUCGAAGCAGUUUAUGCUGGCCUAUGAGCGACCCAAAAACUUUGCGCUGCCCAAAAAUGAUGUAGUUACACAAUACUUUGAUUUAAUAUAGUUCAAAAACACACACACACAACAUAUAACAUCUAAUAAUAAAUACGACGUUUUAAGCCGGAUGCAAUUGGA